AUGCUAGGAGGAGGAAAGAAUGGUAACACUGUAAUCCCGGGUUUUGUGGAGGAAAAUCGUUCACAGUAUGAUAACAAUUCCGUGCCCCAACUGCAGUUAUUUGGACAUGUUCCAGUUCAGUAUGGGCCCGGUGUUGGCACAGUAAACUAUAUGGGAAGCAGAAAAGUGUCGAAUAUUGAUAACAAAGUUCGAGAAGGCGAAAGUUCAUCUAUGCAGCACAAGCUUCAGAUAUCAUUAAACAACAGCACGUGUCCAAACGAAGUUGGCCUUAAGGGGAACUUCGUAAAUAUUCCUAACAAUUAUGUGUCCACUGGUCUCAAACUUUCUUGCGAGGACGAAGAGCGUAAUUCGUCCAUUUCCUCUGCGUGUGAGAAUAUGAAAGGCAAUACCAAUAUUCCGGUUAUGCUCUCUCUUGGUAGCACCGUGAAAAUGGAGAUUGAUCGACAAACUGAAGAAUUCGACCGAUAUUUUAAACUUCAGGAACAGAGCAUCUUGAAAGGCGUGCGAGACAUAAACCAACGCCACACGGCCUCUCUCUUAACCGCGCUCGAGAAAGGAGUCAACCGCAAACUGCUCGAGAAGGACCUCCAAAUCGAGAGCCUCAACCGAAAGAACAAAGAGCUCGGGGAGAAGAUAAAGCAAGCAUCCAUGGAAGCUCAGUCGUGGCACCACAAGGCAAGGUACAACGAGUCGGUGGUGAACACGCUCAAGAGCAACAUUCAGCAGCUCAUGGAACAAAACACGAACAGAGCGCGCGAGGGCUCGGGGGACUCCAGUGAGGUUGACGACGCAGGAUCAUGCUCGGACCAAAUGAUGAGGAGCUAUAAAGGGCACAUAUGCCGGGUUUGUGGUAAGAAAGGGGUCUCGGUUUUGGUAUUGCCCUGCCGGCAUUUGUGUCUUUGUGUCGACUGUGAAGGGUUUGUCGAUGUUUGUCCCGUCUGCAAGACGAUGAAGACGGCGAGUGUGUGUGUUUACAUGUAA